AUGUCACUGACUCCAAUCUUAUCAUAUAAAAAACCUCAUAAAGAAUCAACACCAUCAUCUAAUGCAUCUACUCCAAGACUGAGUUAUUCCCCAAAUUUAUCAUCAAAUUCUCAAUUUCAAAAUUCCAACAAUCAACAGCAAUCACAAUCACAAUCACAACAACCUACGCGGAAAAUCUCAUCUAGAAGGAAAGCAUUACAAGAAUUUUAUCAUUUACAAUCACAACAAGCAUCAAAGAAUACUACAAAUGAAACAAUAAAUAAUAACGACCGUAAUGAACCUGACGAAGCAUCAAUUACUAAAACUGAUGCGAUUGAAUCAUCAUCACCAUCAAAGGAACCCAAAAUAGAGACAAUUGAAGAUGUAAAUAAUUUUAUAAAAAAUUCAUCAAUAAAAGAGAUAUUAGUCCUAAGAAACAAGAUUCAACUGAAAUUAGAUUCAUCAAGUCAAAAAAAGAAAGAAAUUAUAUAUAAUAAUUAUUAUGAAUUAAUAAAAUUAAGUCAUAUGUUAGAAGAUAUAACAAAUUCAAAUAAAAAAUUACCAAUAACUAAUAUUGAAAAAAAUAAUAAAUUAAGUGGAUUUAAAAUAUAUGAGGAACAUGAUAAUGAUGAAAAUGAUUUGAAUUCUGCUGAUAAAUAUAUUAAUGAAGUAUUAGAAGAUUUAUCACAAUUCAACAAGAAUCAAAUAUCAAAUUUUACAGAAGGAGGAUUUAAAGAAGUUUUAAAAAGAAUAAAUACGGUUCAAAAUCAAGAUCGUCAUUUUUCAAAUUCAAGUAUGAUUGGAGUAUAUAAUGAUGAACAAAUUGAUGAAAUUUCAGAAGAAGAUAAAACAAAGAGAAUUAAUCAAUUAAAUUAUAUUUUAUCAUUACCUGAUAAAGAAUUAUCAGCUGAAGAACAAUCAAAAGCUGAAUCUAUGAUUGAUCAAAUCUUGAAAUCUAGUGAAAAUGAAGUAUUGAAUUUACAAUUAAAUACUAUUAAAAAUAGAAUACAUUAA